AACACCGAAAAGUGUGAUCGAAUUCUGGGCUGCCGACUUGCUUGUUUCCUCGAACCAGCAGCCUCCGAAUCAAUCUAAGAAACGGUCAAACCCCAACAAAAGCAACAUCAAACAAGAAGGUCAACAAACAGCCUCAUACAAUCGUUGUUGAUCAAAAUCAAGCCUCCUGAAAUAAUAGAGAGAAAGAGAGACAGGCAACAACCCGCAUCUAGGAAUCACAAAAAAAUGGGGCUAUUCUCAAUGACUUUAGCUGGUAGUGGUUUUAUUCUGAUAGGUGCAUGGGAAUCUCUCACAUCCUCAACCGCAAGCCAAAACCGGAACUCAGUUUCAAAUCCAUCUUCACCGCUGAAGCAAACACCAAAAUCAGCGACUCAAAGAAACUCAAACUCAUCUUCCUCUUCUGCGAACUAUAUCACUGUCACCAUCUUCUCCCUUCUCUUUAUUGUCAACUCUCUAAUCUCCUUCUUCAACGCUGUUAACUCACGAGAUCAAGUUGGCUCAGCCCUUCAACUACAAAUCCUAGCUGUUGCAGCUCUUUUCUUGUUAUACUCAGUUUUGGGUCUUUUAUCGAAUUUUUCAAGUUUUGUUCGGUUCCCUUCUUCGAUCCUUAAUUUGAUUGUUUUGUUCGCAUUUGUUGAAGAGUUUCUUCUGUUUUAUAUGCAAAGAAAGGACCCAAGUGGAAUAGAGAACAGGUAUUUCGAUCUUAUGCUUGUGCCCAUUUUGAUAUGUGUGGUUUCUACGACUCUUGAACUGAAAUCACCAUGGAAAUCGAAUGAUUAUCCAAGAAUAGCACGUGGGGUUGGGUUGAUUUUGCAAGGGAUGUGGAUUGUGCAAAUGGGUCUUUCUUUUUACACCAAUUUGAUUGUUCAUGGUUGCUCUUUGCACGAAAAGAGUAGAGGGAAUUACAGUAUCAAAUGUAAAGGACAUCCUGAGUAUCAUAGAGCAAGAGGAAUCGCUACUCUUCAAUUCAAUUGCCAUCUUGCUCUGCUAGUGAUUUCCGCGAUGAGUGUCUACUCAGUCAUGGCUAAAAAUAACGGGGCUCGUGGUGAUUCGUAUAAACCUCUUGGAGCAGAGAUGCAGCAAAUGGAGAAUCAUGGCAUGUUCACUUUGGAUUCUGAUGAUGAUGAGAUUAGAGAAGAAGAGGAUGUUACUAUGAAGAAAGGCGCUGUGGUGGCUGUUAAUGGUUUUGGAUCUCAUGAAUGAGGGACAUUAUCUGCAGUUAGAAUGUGUUCCCGCAUGUAAUGUUGGAGUUAAAUAUAAAGAGUUAGAAAAGAAAAUCAAUGAACAACAUGGAAGCUCCAGAAGUUCUGAUACCUUAUGCUGUAGAUCAUUGAGCUGAUCAAUCAUGUAUUGGGCCUGUAAGGCAGCAAGAGGAAUUAUGAAGUUGAUAUAUGUACUGCUGAGUGUCAAGUGUUCUGUUACAUAUAAAAGUACUUGUGUGCGAUGAAGUCAAAUUUAUAACAUCUAACCAGUUUUAACUGCAA